CACUUUGACAUUCGAAUUGUCAGUUCGCUCUUAUUUUUAUUCAACUCUUCAAUUUCCCACCGAUUUUCCCCCCGUAAUGCGAAAAAUGCAAGAAAUCGCGUAAAGAAUGCAUUUAGCGUAUCGAUUUUUUGCAUCGCAGUCGCCUCGGGCCGGUCUGGUAACUUUCAUUUGACACUACAACAGGUUUUUCUGUCAGUUUAUUACUAUGCCUACCGCGAUCGGUCGAUGAAAACGCGAGAUGGAUAUUGUAAAUAUUAGCGCGAAUUGCUCCGAGUGUCUUCAUAAAGAAAGAUGAGUGAAAGAAAAUUUGCAAGGGGGCUAGGAAAACCGGGAACGGCCGCCCAGCUGAGGGAAACAGUCUCGCAAGUCGUCAAGGAAAACACAGAGCUUAGUAAACCGCACCUUGUCGAGCCUCUAGACUUUGAGAAUUUUCUUCUCAAGAACAAGACCGUGCUUCAGAAUGACCCCCAACGCGAGCUCUUACUCUACCCGCCUGAUGAUAUCUCCGAAGUUGUUCUACCGAGGAGGUACCGAACUCUGUAUCAAACAUUUCCCUCGAGUGAGGAAACGGAAAACUGCAAUCUCUUCACAAAACAGUGCAUUACUAGCUAUUCAACCAACUGGAACUUGAUUCACUACAAAUAUAAUGCUUAUUCUGGGAGCUAUGCUGAUCUUCCCAAAAUACCAAAUGUGGAAUACAAGGAGGAGAACUACGAGAUUGAUAUUGAUACGGAUGCUGAUGAUGAUAAGCCAAGCGUCGAUAGUAUAACGAAAGAGGGGUAUUUGAUGAAGGGCCCAGAGGUUGGCUCGGAGAGAACUUUCGUCAACAUCGGAUCAAAGAGUUUCAAACGGAGGUACUGUUCGUUGCGGCAAGAAGUCGACGGCACCUACAUUCUAGAGCUGUACAAAGACGAGAAGAAAGGCGAGGCAAAGGUCACCAUCGUGAUGGAUUUUUGUACGGACGUUGUCAAGAAUCCGAAACGGGGGCGUUUUGGCUUCGAGCUGCGGAUGACCGCCGGCCACAAGUCCUACCUACUGGCAGCUGAGAACGAGACCGAUUUCAAAGACUGGCUGUGUAAGUUGAGUUCCGUUCUCCAACAGAACAAACUUCAGGAGGAAAAGCGCGCCGCGUCCCUUGAGCGAGAUCGCAACACCCCUCCGCCUUCGCCUCAGGUGCAGCCGUACGGCACCCUCAAGGGCUUGGAACAGAGCAUGAACCCCCAACUGAUCAAAUACGCCCGCGAGACCGACGUCAGUAUUGCAUUUUCACGCAAAGAAAACCGCAACAAGCUCUUCCCCCUCUACCCCCAUCUCGCCGCCAACUUGAAGUCCCCCAAUUCUAGUCAGGGCCAAGUGGAGCCGUUUAAAGAAGUGUUCGGCCAUCGGGUCUUCCUCAAGUGCGAGAGCAUCAAAUUUCGGCUGCAAGCCGUCGACGAGAAAGACAAUCUGUGCCAAGUGGAGCCAUACCACACCACUUUGUGCCUGUUCGAUGCCAAAAAUGCGAGAAAGUUGACGGAGAAUUUUCACUUCGACGUGAACAGUUCGUGCAUUCGUAAAACAAUGUUUAGUGGGAACGGAACGGACGUUAAGUUGGAGUUACCGCAAGGGCUGUCGCAGGAGUGGUUGUUUUUCCCGCGACAAGCCUUGAUGAGUAUCACGAACCCGCAUCCGGAUAUUUUUCUAGUUGUGCGAAUUGAAAAAGUGCUUCAAGGGGGGAUUUGCCAGAGUUCCGAGGCGUACGUCAAGGCCAAUAAGGACCCCAAGAUCAGCCUGAAGGCGUAUAAGAACAUCGCAACGUGUUGUCAAAGACUGGGGAACUACCGGAUGCCAUUCGCGUGGGCCGUCAGGCCGUUGUUUAGACUGUACAGUAACGAAUUAGACAACACGUCGGAGUUUCACGCCAUCUACCGCCAAGAACCGAACAAAUUAACCGACGAAGAGCUUUUGAAACUUUUAACUGAAUACCGAAAACCCGACAAGUUUAGCAAAUUCACUGUGAUCCCAGGUUCCUUACAAAUUAAAAUCGCUGCCAUGAACGAGUUACCAUCGAAUUGUUUGACGACCGCCUUAGUCCCUCUAAAACCCUUCCCUGUCCCCCCGAGCACCGAGCCCACAAUCGAAAUAGCCGAAUUCGAAGCAAGUUGCGAGAAAGAUGUGCACCCGUACACAACUUUCGUGAACCACCUUUACGUCUAUCCGCUCAGUCUCAAUUUCGACACCCAGAAGAUGUUCGCUCGGGCUCGAAACAUCGCCUGCAUGGUCGAAUUGAGAGACUCGGACAACGAGGAGGCACGGGGGCUUCCUUGCAUUUAUGGACGCCCAGGGCAGAGUCUCCUAGUGUCUCAAGCAUCGUGCGCUGUUUUGCAUCACAAUACCAUACCCACGUGGUACGAAGAAGUGAAAAUAAAGCUCCCGAUAAACUUGUUAUCGACGCAUCAUUUGUUGUUUGUUUUUUACCACAUUUCCUGUGAUAUUACGAAAAAGAGGGAGAACGGGAUUGAGAAUUGUGUGGGGUAUGCGUGGCUGCCGCUAUUACAUAGGGGGAAACUAAACGUGGAGGUGCAGACAGUGCCGGUGGCGGCGCAUCUGCCCCCGGGUUAUUUGGCGGUGCAUCCCUUCGGACUGGGCAAAGGGAAUGCUGGGCCUGAAAUUGUGUGGAUAGACGGCCAAAAACCGAUUUUUACCGUCGGUUUCAACCUCUACUCAACCGUAAAUACAAAAGACCAACACUUGUUCAAUUUAUUUAGCCACGCCGAGCGACUCCUUGACCCCAAACCGUCGGCCUUACCGUCAGAAAUUGAAACCUGUAAGGUCCUUAAAGCCCUCCACGCCAUCCAACUCACUACACUAAUAACAUUCCUUCCAACUCUUCUCAAUCACUUGUUUACGCUUUUGGUGGCAACGAAUAGCGAAGAGAUCGGUUUGAACAUCAUCAGAGUGCUUAUCAAUUUAGUUAAUAUGGUGUAUGAAGCCGGUCGGAGAGAAGUACUGCAGGCUUAUGUUAAGUACGUUUUUGUUAGUCCAGUGAGUAAAAGGAGCGCAACGGUACACGAAGAAAUGUGCAAGCAUUUGCCGGUGAUUUUGCACCCGAAUAACACCGAUUUCCUGGUGGUGAACAAAUUUAUGCACCACGGUGAUUUCUUCUUUGAUGUUAUUAUCAAAGCAAUGGCCCAACAUCUACUACUUUCGGGCCGUAUUAAGAUGCAUCGACACGAGCGCUUCUCAUCCGACUAUCUUCAGAAAAUCGAAACCUUGAUGCAAAUUCUCAUUCCGUACGUUCUAAACAAGUACAAAGAAAUGCCAGUCGAGACAAAGGAACUGAACAAAAGUGUAGCCCAAUUUCUGAAGAAAUGUCUUUCACUGAUGGACCGUGGCUUCGUUUUUAAACUGAUAAAUCUCUACAUGGACAAGUUCAACCCGGGGGAUCCCCGAGUGUUACAAGAGUACAAAUUCGCCUUUUUGGAAAUCAUUUGCAACCACGAACACUACGUUGCGUUUAAUUUACCGAUCCAGCACAACAAACUCAGUCCGAAAAACCGGUCGCCCGACAACCUGCAAGAGUUCACGCUUUCGGAGGAGUUUUGCAAGCACCACUUCGUCGUGGCUUUGCUUCUGCAAGAGAUAAAGACCUCGCUGAACGAAGUGACGCCCAUCAGACGCAUCGCCUUGAACACGCUGAGAGACCUACUAGCGAAACACGAACUGGACGACAGGUACCAGAAUAAGGGACAGUUGAGUCGCAUCGCUUUGAUUUACAUGCCCUGGCUGGCCAUCGUUUUGGAGAAUUUGAACAGACUGGACGUGAGGGAGAGAAGCGACGGGCAUGAUAGUAUCGCAAAUAGGAUUUCGUCCAGUAGUUCGUACAUGUUCGGCAAGAGCUCGGCGGCGAGCGAUGCCACCCCCAGGAGUCACAGGUUCACGUUGCACAUCGACAAGGACAGUCCGAUGCAUAUCCGGAAUUCGGCGUUUUUCGAAGCCAUCGCUGGGCAAACUCUAGUCAAUGGCAAUUCGCUCAGCAUCGACUCGGACAUCUCGGCCAUUUCGGGCGAUGCCCAGUCGACCGCAUCCCAGGACACGACCAUCAUCCGGGACGAGGUGCUCCGUAACGGCGACGCGAAGGCCUCGCAUACGCGCACCACGUCCCACGUGCAACGUUACGACAAACUGCAACAGCACGAAGUGAAAGACGUGCUCCUGAUCUUCCUCUUCGUGGUCAAAUACAUCGGGGAGGAUCAGCUGAUCACCUGGUGGCAGCAAUACAGCGACGGCGAUGUCACCAAUUUUUUCACAGUGCUUGAGAUGUGUCUGCACUGUUUUAAGUACGUGGGCGAGCGGAACGUGACGGUGGUCAAGUCGCAGACUGUCGAUAGCGUCAAGAGCAAUCCGAAGAAGGCGCAUACGUUGCCUGCGCGCAUGAAUCCAGCCGAGAUAAACCACGAGAAUACGAGCACUUUGGUCAUUCACAUGGCGAAUCGCGAGAAUCUGGUGAGUGCGGAGAACGAAGUGCUGAAGAAACAGCAAGCGGUGCUGGAGCAGCACCUGGCGACCGAAGUGGGCAUGAUUACGUUGGACGCGAUGGGCUUGUACUGCAUGAACUUUCGGAAGAAUUUGCUAGUCGGGGACGGGGAGAAUGACGUGAUGAGGAAGAUCUUCGAUAUUUACUUGAGCUUUAUGCAGAUUGGGCAGAGUGAAGCCUUGUUCAAGCACGUGUUUGCGGCCCUGAGGGCGUUCAUUAACAACUACUCGGCGGUCCUUUUUCAAGGUAAUGCUGUGCUCUGUGGCCGUUUGUGCUACGAACUGCUGAAAUGUUGCAAUAGUCGUUUGUCGUCAGUUCGGCAGGAAUCCUGUGCAAUACUGUACCUUCUAAUGCGAAGCAAUUUCGAAUUUACGAAUCGGAAAGGUCUGACUCGUGUUCACCUCCAAGUCAUAAUAUCGGUCUCCCAAAUGCUAGGAAGUAUCGUAGGAUUAAACAAUGCCCGUUUUCAAGAGAGCCUGUCCAUGAUUAACAGCUACGCCUCCAGUGAUAAGGCCAUGAAAGGGACAGGCUUUCCUGUCGAGGUGAAGGACUUGACGAAGCGCAUCCGCACCGUGCUCAUGGCCACCCUCCAAAUGCGCGAGCACCACCACGACCCCGAAAUGCUGGUCGACCUCCAGCACAGUCUCGCGAAUUCGUACGCCUCCACGCCGGAGCUGCGGCACACGUGGCUGGAGACGAUGACGCGUAACCACGUCCGUGACGGCAACUUCUCCGAAGCCACUUGCUGUCAGCUACACAUUGCCGCCCUCAUGGCUGAGUAUCUCAAACUGAAGAGAAUUCAGCCGUGGGGUGCGGAAGUGUUUGAAAAGAUUUCGUCGAACAUUUCGCGUGACGAGAAAGGGCUCAAGUUGGACGCCGGCGUCCAGGAUGUGCAAUACACCGAGAUUGUGCUUCUGGAUCAGCUAGAAACGUGCGCUGAAUACGUGGACAAGUCGGAGAGAUACGAAAUCAUGGGCGAGUUGUACAAGUUGAUUGUGCCGAUUUACGAGAAAGCCCGGAAUUAUGAGAUGUUGAUGAAGUCGUACCAGACUUUGGCGCAGAAUUACGAGAAGGUGCUGCAAGCGAAUAAGAGCGGGAGGAGGCUGUUGGGGAGGUACUACCGGGUGGGGUUCUAUGGGCAGUAUUUUGAGGAGGACAGCGGGGUGGAGUACGUGUAUAAGGAGCCGAAAGUGACGUCGCUGAGUGAGAUUUCGGAACGGCUGCAGAAGCAGUACUGUGAUAAGUUCGGGCAGGAUGUGGUCAAGAUGAUUCAGGAUUCGACACCUGUAAAUGCCAGCGAACUGGACGCCAAACUGGCGUACAUCCAAGUGACCCACGUGACCCCAUAUUUGGAAAAAACCGACUUGGAAGACCGCCAGAACGAAUUCGAGCAAAAUCACGACAUCAACACCUUCAUGUUCGAGACGCCGUUCACAAAAGACGGCAAAGCCAGAGGCAAUCCGGAGGAACAGUGGAAACGACGGACAAUUCUCAAAACCGAAUAUUCAUUUCCAUACGUCAAAAAGCGUAUUAAAGUCAGCUCGAAACGAACAGUCGAACUCAGUCCAAUCGAAGUGGCCAUCAACGAAAUGCAGAUCCGGGUCCAGGAGCUGGAGGAUGUCGUUUUUACCGAACCUACAGACGCGAAAAAAUUGCAGUUGCUUUUACAAGGCAGUGUUUGUGUCCAAGUCAAUGCUGGGCCCCUAGCUUACGCGUCUGUGUUUUUGGAUCCGGCCCUGUGCAAUAUGUAUCCUGAGGAUAAAGUCGAGGAGUUGAAAGAUAUUUACAGAGAGUUUUUGAAGAUUUGCUACUCGGCGUUACAAGUUAAUGGAAAACUGAUAUCGCAAGACCAGUACGAGUACCAGGAAGUGUUGAGACAGAAUUACAAAAAGUUGUGUACGUCGCUCUCUAACUUGUUUGGGGAGUCGUUGUGGCCCCAUGACGAGACAGGGAGCUUCAAACGUAAUAGUAUGGCGUUGUUUAGUGCCAUAAGUGGGGCUUCGCAAAAUUCGAGUACCGCAUAAAUCAAAUCAAAUACCAAAAGUUGUGUUGUUUCCGCCUUUCGAGGAGGGGUGAUUGUGAAUAUAACCUUCUGUUUUGUUUUCUAUGUAAUUUAUAAAGAAAUAACUAGUAAUUCGUAAUUGUUGUUGUGUAAUUAAUUUAAUUAAUUCAUAGUCGAAUUGUAAGGGUUAUAUCUGGUAACUACACUCAAGUUAAAAACUGCGGAUAUUCUCACUGCUUUAAAAUAGCGGUAUUUAGGGAGCAGGAUAGUCUUUGAUACGUGUUUUAUACUUUUAUAAAGGUUUUUGAAGACUGAAGCUCAAUUUUUGACCUUGAUUCUGCUGGAGAACCACAAGAAUGAAUCAUUUUUAACAAAUUUUCAGUGUUUUAAACUGUUUUGUGUGUGGGCUGUGAAAUUAACUUGAAAGGAUAACUAAUCUUUUAGUCAAACUAUCUGACGAUGGACCUGAAUCGCCAAUACUUUUAUUUCAACAUGUCAAACAUUCGAAUUAUUUAUUAAGUUAGAAACUUGCCAAAUAUGCCUCUGUUUAGCGUCUGAUUUUAUUUAUUGUACCUCAUACCGCGACAUUUUUCUUUCCAUGAUUCAGACGAGUUUUAUUUUUUUAUGAUUUUACUCUUUCAUACUCUUAAUGUUUAAUAAAUUUAUUGUUGUAUUAAACCUUUGCAAUACAUAAAUGAUUUCUC